UGUUUAACUAGUAGGAGGGAGGAGAUCAGUGCCUGCUGUCAGAGUGCAGCUUGAAGCAUGGUCCAAGCCAUGUAAAUCCACUUUCUGGAAGAAGAACUGCACGGACGACCUAUGGCUGCCUACAAAACUCAAGUCCUGCCACUUUGAGAGCUUAUUCACAGGGGUGUUUCUCGGAAAACCUGAAACGAGGAAGAAACUUUCUGGUAUGGCUAAUGUGAUCCUAAUAUUCUUCUGUGAUAUAGUUUAUCUGGGCAACCAAUUGGUCCAUGGUGAGAAAUGUGUUGUGUCGCAACAAACGUGGGAUAAUUUACUGUUAAAUCAAUCACAGUUUUAGACGAAGUUGUCUGAAAUCUAUUAUUUUAUCUCUGAAAAAUACAUUUCUCUCUGGCUGUUUGGAUUGGAUUUCCUCUUGGAAUUCAUUACAAAGACUCUGCCCUGCUAAUCUGAAAAGCUUUUUUUUUUAAGUAUAUAUUUGGAAAUCGAAGCUCUAACAGAUAAAUCCGUUACUAUGAAUGAGGGGGAGGCCGAGAUUUCUAAGGAGAAAGACUGGAAAGAUCUGGAGCCCAACUAUGCCAUUAAAAUCUUCCUCACCGUCCUGUACAGCCUCAUCCUGCUCAUAGGCAUUGUGGGUAAUGGAGUCACCAUCCAGGUGAUGCAGGUGCUGCAGCAUAAUGGCUACAUGCAGAAGUACGUGACGGACCACCUGGUGAGCCUGGCGUGCUCCGACCUUCUGGUCCUCCUCAUAGGCAUGCCCGUGGAGCUCUACAGCGCCACAUGGUUCCCCUUCACCUCCACCUCGGGUGACGCUUCCUGCAAGAUCUACAAUUUCCUGUUCGAAGCCUGCAGUUAUGCCACCAUCUUGAAUGUGGCGACACUCAGCUUUGAACGCUACAUGGCCAUUUGCCACCCAUUCCGCUUUAAGGCCCUGGCAGGAGAGCGAACAGGGGGCCUCAUUGCUCUCGCCUGGGUCACGUCUGUGUUCGUGGCUAUCCCGCUGCUGUUCACCACGGGAAUGGAGGGCCACGUCAUAGAGCCAGACGUUGGGCCAGUCCAGAACCUGACAUUCUGCACCAACCUGAGGGAGAGGUGGGGGGUGUACAGGGCCAGUAUCUUUGUGGCGUUCAUCGUGUACAUGGUGGUGCUGGUCAGCGUUGGGGUCAUGUGUCGGGGCAUGAUCCUGGUCCUUCAGAAAACCAUGAGGCCCAUGGGAGGAGGGGUCAACGGAGCAGAGGGCACACCAAAACACGAGAGUGCCCGGGUCAAAGCCGCCAAGAAGCAAACCAUACUUUUUCUAGGUUUAAUAGUGGGCUCCCUCACCAUCUGCUGGCUUCCCAACCAGGUGCGUCGCCUGAUGACCGCCGCCGUGCCCAAGUCCAGCUGGACCAUGCCCUACUUCCGCAGCUAUGUGGCGCUGCACCCUGUGGCCGACACCUUCUUUUACCUCAGCUCCGUGCUCAACCCCUUCCUGUACAACCUCUCCUCCAGCCAAUUCCAACAGGUCUUUGUCCAGGUGCUGCGCUGCCACCUCACCAUUGAGCAUGUCAACAAACGGACUCUGAGGAGCUCAGAGGAAAACUCGAACCGCUCGUUGCGGCCCCUGCUAAAGUCGCUGCGUUGUGGUCAUGGCGGCAGGUCUACUCAGACUCAGAGCAUGGAGUUCAAGAUGCCUACGUUCACUACCUUACAUAUUCCUAAGGACACUCCAGCUCCCAGCCCUGAGGAGGCCCUUCCCACAACCGAUGAAUCACGCUCGAUUUCGGUGCGAAAGGGAAAUGAGCCUGAUGAGACUGAAAUAUAAGGGGAGGCAUUCGGUGCUUUGAAGAUUAUUCAAAUCCGAACGAGAUGAUCCGAUCACUAUCUGAUUGAGAUUUGUUGCUUCGACACAUGGUAAUAACAUUUAGUCCGUAUUGUGACCAGAUUCCCUGGUUCCCUCCCUGUAUGCAAAUUAAUCCAACCUGCCGAUAUGACACAAACUGUACAAAUCGACAAAAUAGCGCACUUUUAUAGUCAAUAGUUUUAUACUCUCAUCAUUACAGCCUAAUUUUGUUAUCCACAGUUCAAGACUGAGCGUAAUAGCCCACUGGGCAAACCACGUCAUUUCAACGUGGAUAAUUGGGUAAUAUUUGGUUGAGACGUUGAUCAAUGAGAUUGCAACCUUUAUUCAUCCACUCCAAAGACAGUCAAAAGUUAGUUGAAUUUCCAGUGUGUUAACACUAUGCUUUCAACCAUCUGCAAUCGGGUUCAUGUUAUCAAUCAACCAACCAGAGUUCCAAAGCCUGGGCCUAAAAUUGUGUAUAAAUUAUCAUUUUGCAAUGACAUCGAAGAUGUGAAAAAUAUUUGAUCGUCUGAUGAGUGUAAUGAGGAACAUCCUGAAUUUGCACUUGAAGCAUUUAUGAAACGACUUCUUCCGGUUAAUGAUAGGCAUGCGCCCAUCAAGAAACACUGUUAGAACUGAUAAAUCCCCAUGCCUAGAUGAUUAAAUGAAAAACUGUAUGUCUGAGGGGGAUGAGGCAAAGGGAAUAGCAAAUAAGUCUGACAACACAGCAGACUGGCAAACAUACAAUAAAUUGAGAAAUCACAUAACUAAACCGAAAGACGAAUAAACUAUACUAUGGAACAAAGAUAAAUGAUAUAAAGAAUGAUAGUAAAAAGCUCUGGAGAACUUAAAAUGAAAUUCUAGGCAAAAUAGCAAACUCAGCUCCAUACUUCAUUGAGGCAGGUGGCUUGUUCAUAGCAAAACCUUUUGGGGCGGCAGGGUAGCCUAGUGGUUAGAGAGGUGGACUAGCAACUGGAAGGUUGCAAGUUCAAACCCCAGAGCUGACAAGGUACAAAUCUGUCAUAACCCACUGUUUCUAGGCCGUCAUUGAAAAUAAGAAUUUGUUCUUAACUGACUUGCCUAGUUAAGUGAAGGUAAAAAUAAAACCUACCAGUUAGAACUUUAAAAAAAAAGAUUUGCAUGACAUGCAAACAACAAAUGCUGAGCCUUCAUAUUCAUGCAUAAUGGACCAAAUAAUGAAAGAUGAACACUGUAAUUUUGAGUUCCACAAUUUGGGUGUGGAAGAGGGGGAUUUGUUUUCUUCCUAUCUAUAAAUAAAGACAAACCACCUGGUAUCGACAACCUGGAUGGUAAAAUUGCUGAGGUUGGUAGCGAAAUAAAUUGUGACUCCUGUUUGCCACAUCUUCAAUUUAAGCCAAGAAGACUCAGACAUGGAGGGAGGAAAAGGUCACUCAUCUACUCAAGAAGAGCAGAACACCCUUUAAUGGUUCAAACAGCUGACCAAUUUACAAGUGCUUAGCAAACUGACACAAAUGACUGAUGAUUCGCUGAAUUCAAAUUGUGAUUCAUUUCAGGAAACUAGGCAUAUGUCAUUACUUCACAGGAGAGCCAUUUGAAUGUAAAACCUUUUUUAAAUUUUUUUAAUCAAAAUGCGUUUUUGGGCAGAAAUGCCUUCUGGAACAUGUGAACUUUUGUGUGCCUUAAUAACAAACUUUUAUGCCAUAUGUAAAUACGAAUACAAUUGUUAAAUUACAAGUUUCAGAAAAAGACAAGAACCUUCCCGCUAGCCAUGAGUUUUGAAAUCAGUGGAAUUAGAGUAUGAUAGCUAAGGAGAUGGAGAAAAUUCUGGCGUUUGAUUGCAAAUAUGCAGACAGAGUUGAAAAGAGAACACAUAGAAGGCUGUGGUAUAAAACACCUGUUUCCGGAUUACAUCUUCAAACUAAGGGCAACCAUGGCAUCGGAGACAGAUGGGGAGAAGCGUCCACACAUGUAAAUGGGUAAGAUAGUCUAGCUAGCUACAUUUUCAGAUAUUACAUAUUUCAAAAGUUGUUUCAUUUUAAGUUAAAGCGUACUGUUAACUAGCUAGCUAACGUUAGCUGACUGGCUCGCUAGCUAACGUUACGUGUAUGAUCUGUGUAGUAAUAUUAUUCUUAUCUCAGAGCCAUUUGCAUUGCUAGUUAUAGCCUAAUGUUAGAUAGCUAGCUAUCAUUGAACCUGGUUGGUUAGGUACCUGCAGAUUCAUGCUGGGAUUAUGGUUCAUUGUUUAGCUAGCUAUCAUUUUUUUUACAGACUCCACUAGACAGUAACUAUUUCAAUAGAAUGUUCAUGAUGUCACUGCGACAACUGUUGAUAGACGUAGCUGGUAAAUUCACUCUGGCUAUCUAGUCUAAGAGCAGUCUCGUCUGAGUGUGCCAGAGCACAGAAUAACUGACGAAUUUAUGAACGCUCAACACCUGUUGAAUAUGGCCGGUGUCAGUAAACAUUGUAAAAAAAAAGUGUCAUUAAAUUGUUGCCAGCAGCACAGUUACAGUCACUAAUGCUCUGGAUAACAUAUAAACUGCCCAACCAGCUCUGCUAGGGAGAGUAAAAUGGUCAGCUUGUGCUGUUCUUUCAUUUGUGUCUGGAAAUAGCUAUCAAGCUAGCCAACGUUAGCCAGUUAGCUUGGGUGCUUGACUGCUGCUUGGUCAGAACGCUCAGAUCAACCCUACUCCUCGGCCAGAGCAUCCAGUGCGUGCUCUGAACACUCCAAGAGCGAAACACUCUGAGUUUACGAACACCCAGAGCACACUUUGCCUUCUCUGCCUUCUUAUGGAUUGAGAGUUACCCAUCUAAUAGAACACAGAGGCUUUUCGUUAUGGAAGCCUCUGUCAUGUAAAUUCAGUUAAGUGUGGUGUACCGUAGGGCAGCCAGCUAGGGCCAUUAUUGUUGUCUGUUUUUAGUAAUGACCUUCUACUGACCUUGAAUAAAGCCUGUGUGUCUAUGUAUGCUGACGACUCAACAGUAUACACGUCGGCUGCAAAAGUAAAUUAAAAAAAGUAAAAGUAAAUAACUUAAUAGAGCUUUAGUCAGUUUUAGAAUGGGUAACUAACAAUCGGCUGGUGUUAAAUAUCUACAAAACUAGAAGCAUAUUUUUUGGGGAUAAAUCACUUAAUUUAGAUCUGUUAUUGCAUAAUGUGGCGAUUGAGCAAGUUGAGGAGACUAAACUGCUGGGUGUAACCCUAGAUAGCAAGCAAUCAUGGUCAAAACAUAUAGACUCAAUUGUUGCUAAAAUGGGAAGAGGUUGGUCCAUGAUACCCUAGGGCGUAGAUGCCUUCUUGACAUCUCAGUCGACCAGACAGGUCCUACAGACCAUAGUUUUGACUACUGCCCAACUGUGCAGCAAAACGGAACAUAGGUAAAUUGCAGUUGGUUCAGAUCAAAGCAGCACAUAUCGCACUUAGAUGUACACGAAGGGAAAAUGUCAGUCUCUACUUGCUCAAAGUUGUGAAGCGAUUGACUGCAUCACUAUUGGUCUCUGUGCAAGGUUUUGGUGUGUUGAAGGUACCACAUUUUCUGUUCAAGCAGUUAGCACACAGUUUGGACACUCAUUGGUACAACACAUGACAUACAAUCAGAGGUCUCUUCACAGUCCCCAGGUUCAGAACAGAGGCUGGGAAACGCACAGUAUUAAAUACAGAAGUGACUAUAUGUAACUUUCUACCACCCCGGGUAACUCAAACUAGCAAUAAAACCAGAUUUUAAAAAACAGAUAAAAGAACCUUACUGCACAAAAAGGGGACUGUGAAGAGACUCAACCAUUUUAUAUAUAUUCUAAUAAAUACCAAACACCGAUCUAAAUUCUUGCUCCGGUACUUCGGCGUCUAAGAUUUUUUUUUUUAAACCUCCUGCGUUGUGCUAGAUGUGUCAAUGUGUAGUUCAUAUAUGCAUGCCUAAUCCAUGAGCAGAAUUAGUGUUUUAUCUCAAUUAGCCACAAAAAUCCUAGUUUGAAUGAGUAUGCUUUCUUGAAGCUGUGCCACGCCAUUCUCCCUACAUUUCCCCAUACGUGGGCCAGCCCCUAGCAAUUCCAGUUCUAGCUAAUGGGCUUCAGCAUCUCGAUUUUGAGUGACAAGUUGGCCUGCCCUGCGUUAUCCAAUGAGGUUGCAGGGUGGGCCCAACGGCUCAGUGGACACAACAGAGAGGGAGAGAGAGCAAUGACGUGGUGCACAUAUGUGACAUGGUAUGCAGUGUUCACAGCCAAAUUCAUAUUUAUUUUUUGUGCUUUCAACCAUUUAAAAGCACAUCAAAGUUCAAAUGGGAAUACAAUGUCAGAUGUUUUGUUUAUUUAUGGGAUAAAUGCCUACAUUACCUUGGAAAUAAUGGAUGAAAUAAUGGAUGAUGAGUUCAUUUUUCUAAAGUAAUGUACAGAACAGUGGCAUUUAUCACGCUUGUACCACAGUUGCCAAAUAAAACAAUAUGAAAGCACA